AUGGCUGAAGCGCUUUUGGAGGCCGGCGCCAAAGUCUACUGCUUGGACCGUCUCGAGAGUCCGGAUCCCGAAUUCAUGGCCGCUAAAGAGCAUGGAGAACGGGAAUUCGGUGGACUGCUUGAAUACCGCCGCCUCGAUGUCCGCAACGAUGCCGAAGUCAACAACGUCUUCUCCGAGAUUGCCGGUAACAACCAGCGGCUGGACGGUCUGAUUGCUGCUGCCGGAAUCAACUACCUACAGAGCGCCCUGGAGCACUCACAAACGGCCUUGAACGAAGUGAUGCAGAUCAACUACAACGGCGUCUUCAACUCUGCAACCGCUGCAGCCCGCCAGAUGUUCAACUACCAACAAAAGGGCUCAAUCCUGCUCAUUGCUAGCAUGAGUGGCCUCAUCGCCAACAAGGGCAUGACUUCUCCCGUUUACAACUCCUCUAAGGCUGCUGUUAUCCAGCUCGCCCGUUCCCUGGCCAUGGAAUGGGGACGUCACGGUAUCCGCGUGAACAGUCUAUGUCCGGGGCACAUUGUCACACCGAUGGUUGAGCAGGUCUUCCAACAGAACCCCGCUGCGCGGGCCGUCUGGGAAGCUGAGAACAUGCUCGGGCGACUGGCUACGCCAGAGGAAUUCCGGGGUGCUGCGCUCUUCACUCUGAGUGAUGCUAGCAGCUUCAUGACUGGAAGCACGAUGCUCAUCGAUGGUGGCCACACUGCAUGGUGA